AUGAGAAGUUCAGAUAUCACAUUCGUCUUGCUAAGUAUUGUGGCAACAGUCAGAAGCCAUGCAACUUUCCAGGAACUUUGGAUAAAUAGUGUUGAUCAAGUCGGGAGCUGUGUUCGCUUGCCUCCUACUAAUAGUCCUGUCACCGACCUAACAUCGACUGAUUUGCGAUGCAAUGUCGGAGGCACAGUUGGAGUAUCCGGAGUGUGUCCAGUGGCAGCUGGGGGGAAUGUAACCGUAGAAAUGCAUCAACAACCAGGAGAUCGAUCAUGUGCCAAUGAAGCCAUUGGAGGCGCUCAUUAUGGACCAGUCAUUCUGUACAUGUCCAAGGUCUUGAAUGCGGCGAACGAUACUGGCGCUGGUUCGUGGUUUAAAGUAGACCAAGAGGGAUACGAUCAAACCCUAAACGCCAACUGUGGAAAACGUUCUUUCAUCAUUCCAUCAACACUAGCACCUGGUGACUACUUGCUACGCGCAGAAGUCAUCGCUUUGCAUGUAGCAAGUUCGGUAGGAGGCGCUCAACUCUACCUGUCUUGUUUUCAGCUACGUGUAACUGGUUCUGGCUCAAAGAACCCCACUGGAGUAUCAUUUCCAGGAGCAUAUUCGGCAACCGAUCCGGGGAUUCUGAUCAAUAUUUACCAAACCAUAAAUAAUUACACCAUACCCGGACCAACUACAGUCUUUACUGGCUAA